AUGCUUAUACAAGCUCCAAGUCUAGCUACAGAUCCUAUAGCCUAUGCCGCGUCAUGUAAACAAUUCAUCAAGAAUGCAAUGCAAGAAACCCUGGUAUAUCCCUUUUGUGGUCAAUGUAGACCGAAAAUGCGUAAAAACAAAAACAAAAACUUUCAAAUGCCAUAG